GGGGCCCUGGCAUCGCUGCCCAGCCUCUGGCGACCUCAAUCUCCGGGCUGAAACGACCAGUUGUUCUCAGCCUUCCCCUCUGACCUGCUACCCCGGGCAUUGUUUUCUGUUCUCCCAGAGUUGUAGGUGGCAGGCGAAAAACGCCUAGAUUCUGGCUGCUCUCCAGGCCCGUGACCUUCGGCUCUGGGGCCACUGGGCAGCCGCGCCUUUUGGACGGGAGAAGAGAGGAAGCAGAGGACUCCUGGUUCCCCUGGCUGCUCCUCUCCUCCUGUGGCUCUGCCAUGGGCUCACGAAGCUCUCAUAUCGCGCUCAUUCCAGACGUGGAGCACAUUCGCAGAGAGACGGGCUUCUCGCAAGCCAGCCUGCUCCGCCUCUACCACCGGUUCCAAGCCCUGGACAGGGAUGAAAAGGGCUACCUGAGCCGCCUAGACCUCCAGCAGAUCGGAGCGCUGGCUGUGAAUCCCCUGGGUGACCGCAUUAUAGACAGCUUCUUCCCAAACGGAAGUCAGAGACUGUAUUUCGCAGGCUUUGCUAGGGUCCUGGCUUAUUUUCGACCUAUAGAUGAAGAAGAUGCCACACUCCGAGACCCCAAACAACCUGAACCCCUAAACAGCAGAAUGAACAAACUGCGCUUUGCAUUUCAGCUCUAUGAUCUGGAUCGCGAUGGGAAGAUCUCCAGGAAUGAAAUGCUACAGGUUCUCCGCCUCAUGGUUGGGGUCCAGGUGACAGAUGAGCAGCUGGAGAGCAUCACAGACCGCACAGUGCAGGAAGCUGAUGAGGAUGGGGAUGGGGCCGUGUCCUUCCUGGAGUUCACCAAGUCCUUAGAGAAGAUGAACAUCGAACAAAAAAUGAGCAUCCGGAUUCUGAAGUGACCCCUGUGUCUGACUCACACAGGCGUCUGUAGGCUUGGGAUUUACCUACCUGGGUCCCCUGGAGGCAGGAUCCCAGAAGCCAUAUUCUACUUUGAAACUUUGCUUAGGGCUAGGAAAGGAAGUUGGAAGAAUGUGUGCUGAAGUGUCAUUUGCUCUCAGAUUUGUGAAUCACCCAGUGAUUUGGUUGCAAGUGGCUGAAAGGCCAACCCAAAGUGACCUGAUUAAAAAAAAAACGUGAGAAGAGUGACACACGCCUGUGACUAGACAGCCUGGAAGUAGUUGCCUUUAGGGACAGCUGGAUCCAAGGACAAGCAUGGUGUCACCAGAAUUGAGUUUUGUCACCUGGGGUUCUCAGCUUGGCUGCCUCCUUGCAUUGGGAUCAUUUUUGGGGGGCACAAAGGGCCGACAGCUAUCCAGAUUAACAUCCGCUUAGCACACUAACCCAGAGGAAGAGACGUCUUACUCCAGAAAUGCCAACCAAGCAGCAUCAUUGACCCAGCUGGGUCUUUUCUCUAUCUCCAGGGGAAUGGAACAUCCAAAAAAGCUAUGCCUGUGUCACAUAAUAAUUCCAAAACCUUGAAAUAAUGCCUGAAGUCUUAGCAUAGAGUGAGAGGUGGUUGCCUUAAGGAAAAUGAAGUAAUGUUAUCAGAAAAGUGUGUGUGUGUGUGUGUGUGUGUGUGUGUGUGUGUUUAUGUUGGUUUUGUUCAGGCAACGUGAAUGAUGCAUCUCCUUACUACUUGGUUGAGCAAAUUAAGGGAAUCUUGAAAUAUGGCCUCUUGAAUGGGUUUUCUCUGAUCCCCUUGAUGAAAGAUAAUAUGAUGGGGUUGGUGGCCGGUGGGAGGAUGGGGUACAGUAAUUUAAACCAUACUUACUUUCCUAAAGUGUAUGGGUACUCCAAGGUUUGCAGAAUAAUUUGUUGUGCUAUGGUAAGAAGUUCAAACAUUGUCAGACUGCAGAAAAGAGUAUAAAAGUCACAUUGAGGCAGAAUAGAAGCACAGACACAAGAUAUAGAGAUAGCGAUGUGAUAUAUAUAUAUAUCUAUAUCUAUAUAUAUAUGAUAUAUAUCAAGCUGUGGAACUUUCCUACUCAAAGACUAUUGCUUUUAUUUAGAGAUAUUUCAAAUAACAAUGUUAAAAUCAGGGCUAGAGAGAUGGAUCAGCCUUUAAGAGCACUCACUGCUCUUUCAGAGGACCCAAGGUCAGUUUCUAGUACCCACAUUGGAUGGCUCAGAACAACUUGUUACUCAAGUUUCAGGGAAUCUGAUGCCCUUUUCUGGUCUUCAAAGAUAUUGCAUGUAUGUUGUAAAUACAGGCAAGCGACCACAAACUAUAAGUAAAAACUUUUAAAAAGUUAAAAUAGCAACAAAAUACGCUUGUGGUGGUUUGAAUAUGCUU